AUUGAUUUCGUUAUAAAUUUCGACAAAAAUAAAAAUCCCAUAACAGCACCCGUGGAAACGACCAUGUUGGAUCGUAUAACAAAAGUUGCAAUACUAUUACUUAAGCUCGAUUCGUUUUGUGAAAAUGACUUGAACGCCCUAAGAGGACCAGAGUCUAUGAAAAUUAAACACUUAGAAAUGAUGGGCUAUAAAGUGCUGCAUAUAAAUGAACAUGAUUGGAAUUCCAAAUAUAUGAAUGUACCUGGCGCUAAGCAAAACUAUCUAAAAUGUCUGCUUCAAAUAUCCAACUAAGCAGAGAAGAGGGGCAGAAGACUACACACAAUAAUUAAUAAUGUUAAUAAGAAAAAGUUAUAUUUUAUAGAGUAGUUACU